AUGAAAGAAUAUUCUUACAUUUGGCGAUUAUUUACUACAUAUGGUAUUCCAUUAACAGUACCAUGCAUUAUUUAUUACUUUAUCGAAUUAAUUCGAAGAAAGAAGAGGAAAAAUUCACUUGAUGGAAAGGUGGUGCUGAUCACUGGUGCUAGUUCAGGUUUAGGUGAAGAGUUAGCUCAUGUUUUUUACAGUUGUGGUUGCAAAGUUAUUCUAGUAGCCAGAAGAAACGAAGAAUUAAUUAGAGUAAAAAACUCAUUAAUUCAAACACAUCCCAAUAUUGAAAGAUAUCCACCAAUGACAAUAUCACUAGAUGUCACAAAAUUUGACCUUUUGAACGCAGAAGUUGACAAAAUAUUGGCUAUUUAUGGUCGGUUAGACAUUUUGAUCAACAAUGCCGGUAUUUCCUACCGAGGAAGAGUCGACAAAACAACGAUCGACGUAGACAUGAAAGUAAUGAUGAUAAAUUAUUUUGCUCAAAUUGCGCUAGCGAAAGCUGUCAUUCCCUCGAUGAUAAAGCAAAGAUCUGGACACAUUGUCUGUGUAAGUAGUGUACAAGGAAAAAUCAGUAUUCCUUACAGGUCAGCUUACGGAGCUUCGAAACACGCUCUCCAAGCCUGGUGUGAUUCUGCUAGAGCUGAGUUAAAUAAGAAUUGCAUCAAAGUAACUGUUGCAAGCCCAGGGUACAUCAAAACGUCUAUAUCCCUUAACGCAGUCACAGAAGGCGGUAAAUGCUAUGGUAAAAUGGACAAAUCAACUGAAGAAGGCUACGAACCUAAAUACGUUGCUAACGAAAUAUUGUUAGCAGUUUUGCGAGAACAAAACGAAGUUAUCACAGCUCCUAUUUUACAUAAAUUUGUUUGUAGUUUUAUUGUGGCCUAA